CAAUGUAUUUUCCUUGUAUUUGUUUUUAGAAUGUUAAACGGAUUAGAAUGUCUAACAGCUGAUCAAGUAGUUAGCAACUAUCUUAUAGAAUGGAGACAGAUAAUGGGUUUACGGGAGGAUUUCAGCCGAGCACUGUCUGAACUACCAGAGGAUUACUGGAGAGGGGUUCUUAACCACACCAUAGAGAACCUAGAAAUAGCUUUAGAGAGAAGACGCGAGCAAUGUAUAGAUUCCAAUUUUACAUUCCAGGACUUCAGUGAUCGGCCGAAAAAGUCCCAAUACCUCAAGGACUUUGAAGAUAGGCUGGAGUCUAAGCAGAAUUAUAAAUCUGUGAUUUUAAUGAAAAACCUGGAGAUGAUUACAAUGGCAGCUAAUGCAGCAGCUUCUGUUCUCUUAGGAGUUUUAGCAUGUUCAUCUUGUCAGCUCCCUCACCUGUACAUGCCUUGGCUGCUCCUCACUGCAUUUGAGAUUGCUGGGAACCUUUGCGUAGUGGUUGUCUUCUCAGUUGUUCCAGGAUACUGCCACCUGACCUGCCUAAUCUGCCUGGUCAAGGUUAUAUGGUUAGGAACCACGUGGGCUAAAGCAAUUAGACGCUCCAUGGUUAUAGGACUACCAGCAAACCCAGGGCAAGAUGAUGAGCAAAGAAUGCUGAGGUCUCAGCUCAGUUUCAAGGGAAGACAGAGGUUCGGCAGGAUUUUUGGCUCAUAUCAGUGAAAAUCCAACUUUUUGGCUCAGAUCAGUGAAAAUCCAACUUUUUGGCUCAGAUCAGAAAAGUAAUUUGAAUCACACCAGUAAACUUUUGGCUUGAACCUGUGAAUUUGUACUUUUAUCAGUGAAGACUUGCAGAAAAAGUCAUUGCCAAAAAUAAUUGUCAUUUAAACAUUCUCUAUAGAAUUAAAUUACUUAAUCUUGGGCAAUAUUGUGCCAAAAAUCAUCUCUACUUCGAAUGAAUGCACAAUUUUGUGCAACACAAAUUAAGCAGUGCGAAAACGCGCAACUAAUUGUGCAAAACACCCUAUUUAUCUAUGAAGAAACCCAGCACUGUUUUGUGUCAAAAUCCCCAUAUUUACCACUGUGUUGCAUCGUGUUAUGACCUGUAAAUAACAUGUUAAUGAUAUGUUAAUAAUCUAAGAAGGGGGAUUUUUUCUAAGGCUGAUUUUAAUUUUAAAAAGACAUUCACAAAAAGUCAAUGAUUAAGAUAUUUGUCAGUUAAACUUUCACUUCAGAAUUUAUCUUAUGUGUGUUGCAACGUAUCAUGAUCUAUCUCUUAUUUUUUAAGAAUUUGUUCGCAGAUUUCUUUAAAUUCUUCAAAUGUCGUCUUUUUAAUAAAAAUUCCAGAAAAUCUGCAAAAAAUCUUCGUGAUUUAAUGUUUGAUCAUGUUAACAAUCUAAAAAGGAGAGACUUACUAUUCAAAGCUCUCAUAAUUCUGUACUUUUAAAAUCAAAUGUGUUAUUUUUAAUAUUCAAAAUAUGACAUUUUUAUUACAAAAUCCUUAAUUUUUUGCACAAUAAAACUUCCUUUUUGUCUG